CGGGCCCUGAGGAGACUGCGGCGGCUGCGCGUAGGAGCGAGGUGCUUGCUGGGGCUGGGGUGCGCGACGGCGCCGGGGGCUGCGGUGAACGCCUCACAGGCCGUGCAGUUCCCUGUGGGGAGGCGCCGUCGCCAUUGCCACCUCGCUCGGUGAGCGCGUCCCGCUCGCCGAGCAGGGCCGCAGCCGACCGCCGGCACCAUGGGCCAGUGUGGCAUCACCUCCUCCAAGACCGUGCUGGUGUUUCUCAACCUCAUCUUCUGGGGAGCCGCUGGCAUUUUAUGCUAUGUUGGAGCCUAUGUCUUCAUCACUUACGACGACUAUGACCACUUCUUUGAAGAUGUGUACACUCUCAUCCCUGCUGUGGUGAUCAUAGCUGUCGGGGCCCUGCUCUUCAUUAUUGGGCUAAUUGGUUGCUGUGCCACAAUCCGGGAAAGCCGCUGUGGACUUGCCACGUUUGUCAUCAUCCUACUCUUGGUUUUUGUCACAGAAGUUGUUGUUGUGGUUUUGGGAUAUGUUUACAGAGCAAAGGUGGAAAAUGAAGUUGAUCGCAGCAUUCAGAAGGUAUAUAAGACCUACAAUGGAACCAAUCCUGAUGCUGCUAGCCGGGCCAUUGACUAUGUUCAGAGACAGCUGCACUGUUGUGGAAUUCACAACUAUUCAGACUGGGAAAAUACAGAUUGGUUCAAAGAAGCCAAAAACCACAGCGUCCCUCUUAGUUGUUGCAGAGAGACAGCCAGCAGCUGUAACGGCAGUCUGGCCAACCCCUCUGAUCUCUAUGCUGAGGGGUGUGAGGCUCUAGUUGUGAAGAAGCUACAAGAAAUCAUGAUGCAUGUUAUCUGGGCAGCAUUGGCAUUUGCAGCUAUUCAGCUGCUGGGCAUGCUGUGUGCCUGCAUCGUGUUGUGCAGAAGGAGUAGAGAUCCUGCUUAUGAGCUCCUCAUCACCGGCGGAGCCUAUGCAUAGUAGAAAACUCAAGCCUGAGCUUUUUAGUCUUGUUCUGAUUUGGAAGGUGAAUUGAGCAGGUCCACUGCUAUUGGCCUCCUGAGUUCAUUUAGUUAAAGCACACAUACACAGGUGUUGGACGGAGCAGCUUGACUCUUCAUUUGUCUACCUUCUUACCUACCCACCUAUGACUUUUUUUUUUCCCUGUGUUUUAGCUGACUCUCCAUGUCUGUAAGUGUUUUGAGUAUGGCGGUAAAUGUUCUAAUCUCAGAACCGUUUGUGAGUUGUGUAGUGUGGUAGAAUUAAAGGUUGACGUGGCCCUGCUUCUGUCACCUCCAAGCAUAACGGGACUGCUGCUGUAGUAUCACCAGGUCCUUUCAGUCUUCACAGUGGGGAACUCUUGGCCAAAGGUUUUGGGGGGGAGGAGGAGGCAGUCAGCUGUCUGGUUAAAGUUAAUACCAGAUAGUGCCCCUCAUCAGUGUCCUUUUUAAAAAUAUACUAUAGUCCAGUAAGAUAGCAACUGUACAAAAUGGCUAAGAUAGAUUUUAGAAUCAUACCUCGUGUAUCUUGGUUCAUCUUCAAAAUCAGACUGAUCUUUGAAACUAGCGGUUUUUAAUCAAAGCUGGCUUUAUAGGAGGAGUAUAAUGUAUGCACUACUGUUUUAAAACAAUUAGUGUGAAGGUGUGCGUGUAUUUUUGUAUGAUUGAGCCCAUUCAUUGUAAGUCUAAACUCGUUAGAAAUAAUGUACCCAUGUAGACUAGCAAAAUAGUAUGUAGAUGUGAUCUCAGUUGUAAAUAGAAAAAUCUAAUUCAAUAAACUCUGUAUCACCCCCUCAA